GGCCGAGACAUUCCUAUAUAAACCCCCUCUAGAUGCCCCUCUUCCCCUCACUUUUUGUGCUCGAUCCUUUUCUUUUCUCGCUAGACUCUACUUUAAUCGAUCUUUCUCUCUAGUGUGUAAUCCUCUUUGAUUAACCGCGGAAGUUUAUAUUGCAAAGAGGUGCAAUUACAUCUAUGCUUUUUGUAUUUUAUUAGCAAAGUUGGAUAAGUACUGUUAACAGGAUACAGGGUUCACUGUGUAUGGAUUUUUAUUUGAUAUGGGGUCUAGAGAAAAACCAUUAUUUGAUCUCAAUGAACUUCCAACCGAGGAGUAUGAAGAGAUCGAUACGUCCAACAUCCAGCCCCAAAAGGAUGUGUCUUCCUCAACUGCCCCAACAUCUAACAUUGCUGCAAAUGUUCCUCACAGCUUGGUGAACAACCAUGCUUUCUCUCAUGCAUCUACAGUUUCUGGCUUUCAGCCUUUUGUCAGACAAAGAAGUGCUCAAGAAACUUUAAGUUCAGAAGAGAUCAAAACUAGGGAUGUUGGCUCUGACAUUCUCUUGGUAUCUAAAGGAGUCACGGGUGAGGCCAAUACUUGUACAUCCCACCAAUAUAAGGAUUAUCCAGAUAUCCAGCUUGUGGAGAAGGAGGAGGGUGAAUGGUCUGAUGCUGAGGGGUCUGCUGAUGCAUAUGCAAAUGGCAUUUUGGUUGAACAAUCUGUUGCAGGUAGUGAAAAAAUGACUAGGGACGAAUUAAUCGAUAGUAAGGUUGGUUUUACUGACUAUAGUGUGACCGUGGAUAAUAUUCCAAGGAACGGUGACAAAGAUGAAAGUGGAGGUCAUUCAUCCCUCAAUUUUGAUCUACACACUAAUAAUAACCAAAAAAACAAUGUUAGUCCAAGUUCAGAAGGCGUCAAAGAUGAUAAGUUGAUUGGAAGCCAGGAAGGAUCUACUUCCUUCCCAAAACAGAGGGGACUUAAAGGAGUUGAAGCAACACAUGCUCUUAGACAUGCAAAUAGUCUUGGUAAGCGACCUAAGGUUGAUCAGCAUAAGGAAGCAAUGCUUGGUAAAAAGCGUAGUAGGCAGACUAUGUUUCUCAAUUUGGAGGAUGUCAAGCAAGCUGGUACAACAAAAGCAUCAACACCACGAAGGCAGAAUUUUCCAGCUCCUGUUACCACUCGUAUAAUGAGAGAAGUUCGUAUAACUCCAUCUUCCGAAUGCAUUGAAGAAAAGCAGCAGGGUCCAUCUAUGAUCAGGGACUCAAAACAGGUUGAUUCAUCAUAUGAUGAAGGAACUUGUGAAGAAUCUAAUGAUUCUAAAACUGAAUGCAAUGGUGAUGUGAAUUCAGGACUUUUAGGUAAGCCUCGAAGGUUGAAUAGUGCCACAGAUCUUGUUAUUGAUGUCCACCCACCUUCAACUCAAAGAAGUCCAUGGAGGCAGCCUGCUGAUGCAAUGCAGCUGAAGAGUUCGCAAUUACCUGCUAAGAAGGCUACUAUUACUAGUCAAAUGUCUAUAGAUUCUAAAUUGAGCUCUAAAAAGUUUCCGUCCAAGAAGCAACUAGUGACCAACAAUCAGCAUCAAGAUACCUCUGUGGAGCGCCUUCUUAGGGAGGUGACCAAUGAAAAGAUGUGGAAUCACACAGAGGAGUCUGAACUUCAAAGUGUGCCUGGGCGGUUUGAAUCUGUCGAUGAGUAUGUAAGAGUAUUUGAGCCCUUGCUUUUUGAGGAAUGUCGUGCACAACUAUGUAGCACCUGGGAAGAGUUGACGGAAACAUUUUCCAGAGACCACAUAAUGGUCCGGGUGAAGGGUGUUGAAAGACGAGAAAGAGGAUGGUAUGAUGUAAUAGUUCUUCUGGCUAGUGAAUCCAAAUGGACAUUCAAGGAAGGUGAUGUUGCAGUUCUUUCAACUCCCAGGCCUGGAACAGCUCUCAGAUCCAAGAGAGAUGAUGAUGAGUCUGAGGUGAUUGGACGUGUAGCCGGUACUGUGAGACGAUAUAUACCUGUUGACACUCGUGAUCCUCCAGGGGCAAUUCUCCAUUUUUAUGUGGGGGACUUGUAUGAUGCUAAUAGCAAAGUUGAGAAUGAUCACAUUUUGAGGAAACUUCAACCAAAGGGUAUCUGGUUUCUGUCUGUGCUUGGUUCUCUUGCCACCACUCAGAGGGAGUACGUGGGGUUGCAUGCAUUCCGCCGAUUAAAUUCACAGAUGCAAAAUGCUAUUCUCCAGCCUAGUCCAGAGCUCUUCCCAAAGUAUGAGGAUCAGUCCCCUGCCUUGCCAGAUUGCAUUACUCCUAACUUUAGUGAUCAUCUGCAUAGGACUUUCAAUGGACCACAACUAUCAGCUAUUCAGUGGGCUGCAAUGCAUACAGCUGCUGGCACAAGUAGCGGUGUUACAAAGACAUGGCCUUUUACUCUAGUACAAGGCCCCCCAGGAACAGGCAAGACACACACGGUCUGGGGAAUGCUAAAUGUUAUUCAUCUUGUUCAGUAUCAACACUACUACACAGCAUUGCUUAAGAAGCUAGCACCAGAAAGCUAUAAGCAAGUCAGUGAGAGCAACAACACCACAGAGAAUUUUGUCACCGGAUCUAUAGAUGAUGUCCUGCAAAGCAUGGAUCAGAACCUUUUUCGCACUCUCCCAAAACUUUGUCCAAAGCCAAGAAUGCUCGUUUGUGCUCCUUCAAAUGCAGCUACUGAUGAAUUGCUAGCACGUGUCCUUGAUCGGGGUUUCAUCGAUGGCGAAAUGAAAGUCUACCGGCCUGAUGUGGCUCGAGUCGGUGUCGAUUCUCAAACUCGCGCCGCCCAAGCGGUUUCUGUUGAGCGAAGAACAGAACAGCUGUUGGUGAAAAGUAGGGAUGAGAUAUUUAGGUGGAUACAUGAGUUAAAGAGCCGUGAAGCUCAGUUGUCUCAGCAGAUAGCUAGUCUUCAAAGGGACUUGAACAUUGCAGCCGUUGCAGGACGUUCUCAAGGUUCUGUUGGUGUUGACCCUGACAUUCUCGUGGCUCGUGACCAGAAUCGAGACGCCUUGCUACAAAACCUUGCUGCAGUUGUGGAGAGUAAGGAUAAAGUAUUGGUGGAGAUGUCUCGUCUUUUAAUUCUAGAAGGGAAGUUCCGUCCUGGGUGGAAUUUCAACUUGGAAGAUGCUCGGGCUAAUCUGGAAGCGAGUUUUGCUAAUGAAGCCGAGAUUGUUUUUACGACCGUCUCUAGCAGCGGUCGCAAGUUGUUCUCCCGUCUCACACAUGGUUUCGACAUGGUAGUGAUUGAUGAAGCGGCCCAAGCUAGUGAGGUAGCUAUUCUUCCUCCACUUUCGUUAGGUGCAGCUAGAUGUGUUCUUGUUGGAGAUCCCCAACAACUUCCUGCAACAGUUAUCAGCAAAGCUGCAGGUACAUUGUUAUAUAGUAGAAGCCUUUUCGAGAGAUUCCAGCAAGCAGGAUGUCCUACAAUGUUGUUAUCUGUUCAGUAUAGGAUGCAUCCUCAAAUUCGGGAUUUCCCUUCUCGCUACUUUUACCAAGGACGACUUACCGACAGUGACAGUAUUUCCAAUUUACCCGACGAACUGUAUUAUAAAGAUCCAUUAUUGAGGCCUUACACGUUUUUUGAUAUUACUCAUGGUCGAGAAUCUCAACGAGGUGGAUCUGUUUCUUAUCAGAAUAUACAUGAAGCACAGUUUUGUUUCCGUUUAUAUGAGCAUCUUCAGAAAAGUUUGAAAUCUUUGGGUAUGGGAAAAGUAACUGUGGGAAUAAUCACGCCGUACAAGCUGCAACUUAAAUGCCUACAACGGGAGUUUGAAAAUGUUCUGAAUUCAGAUGAGGGAAAAGAUAUUUACAUCAACACUGUAGAUGCUUUUCAGGGCCAAGAGCGUGAUGUGAUAAUAAUGUCCUGUGUCCGUGCCUCAAACCACGGGGUGGGCUUUGUUGCGGAUAUCCGAAGGAUGAAUGUAGCUCUGACACGUGCAAGAAGAGCUCUUUGGGUUAUGGGGAAUGCGAGUGCUUUGAUGAAAUCAGAAGAUUGGGCUGCUUUGAUUAAAGAUUCAAAAACAAGGAAUUGUUACAUGGACAUGGAUGCUCUCCCCAAAGAAUUCAUGAUGCCCAAGGCACCUGCCUAUGCCCCUUUGCCAUCUAAAAUCCCUCCUGGACACAUUAGAAGCUUUAGAUCAGGGGUGAGACACAGAUCAAUUGAGAUGCUUGCAGAAUCUAGGUCGGGAACCCCGUCAGAAGAUGAUGAGAAGUUAAACAUGUCUCUCGCUUCUUCUAAGAACGGAAGUUACCGACCGUCAAAGGUGCCGAAUGAUAACUCAUUGGAUGAUCUUGAUCAUCAUCAGUCGGGUGGUGAUAAAUCUAUGGAUGUUGCUUGGAAACAAGGAAUCCACCAGAAAAAACACAAUUCAGCUGGGCCAAUGAAGAGAGAGUUGUAGCAAAUUGGUUGAGGCAAUUGACUGACUGGUCUGUAAAUGUGUGGUGGAUAAAAGCAAUGAAUGAAUAUGAUGAACUAUUCAGAUCGGUUUAUGUCUGUCUUGGCUUGGCAAGAAAGUGUUGCUGCUGACGAGGGAGAUACAACAACUGACGCUUUCUUUUGGUGUAAAGUAUCCAAAUGAUAAAUUGCUAAAAUUCAAGGAGAUGGUGUGUGGACUGGAAUAGAACGGAGGCUGGGAGAACUCCUAACCCAAAAACUCAUUGAUCCUAAAGGUCUUUUAUCCUGCUGAUGGAAUGAAUGAGAAGAGCAUUAUAACUACAUUAUUGUUCCAACUGGAGAAGAACUCAUUUUGACAAAGAAGGGGUUGCCUGUGUUGGUCUAGUAGUAAUAGUUGAGGUAGUAGUGACCGCGGGCUUUCCUUUUCUGCUGUUGAGCACUUCAGCAUCUACCAAUGGAUAAUAGAGCUUAUAGCUUAUUAGAUGAGAUGGGAUGGAUGAUUCCAAGGUAAAAAGGUUGAUUCUGAUUUUUAUGAUUAUUAGUGCAAUAACAUGUAUUUACUUAGUCAGUCCCUCCUCUUCCUCCUCCUAGCUUGUUAUGAAAUUCAUCAACAUAGUUAUCUCACCUUGAUUGAUGUGCAAAAAGAUUUCAGGAAAUACAUGUUAAAAGACAUUUGAUGGUGAAUAAAAAGAUGAAGUGUUGAUCAUAGCUUUUUAU